UCAUAGAGGAGAUCGCCAGAUUUAACGGGGAAUACACAACGACACAUCGUUUGUACCGAAACGUGUAUGGCAUCUCCGCCCCGACGAGUGUCUUCUCCUCUCUUAUAUAGUGUUGCAUCUCUCCCUCUCUUCUUCCAUGCAUUACCCAUUUACUCUUCUUUUUCUUCUUCUUCAUUUCUCUCUCGUUUUCUCUCUUCUUCUUCUUCAGCAAUGGCUCCACAAGAAGCAGCAGCAGCUACUGUGACGACCCACAAGACCUCCUCCAAUGAUGGAUCACCUGCUCGCAAGAACAGAAUCACAGUUGUGGGCAGUGGCAACUGGGGUAGUGUGGCUGCUAAGCUCAUUGCCUCCAACACCAUUAGGCUUCCUUCUUUUCAUGAUGAAGUGAGAAUGUGGGUGUUUGAGGAGACAUUGCCAAGUGGUGAGAAGCUCACAGAUGCCAUCAACACAAGAAAUGAAAAUGUCAAGUAUCUGCCUGGCAUAAAGCUUGGGAAAAAUGUUGUUGCAGACCCAGACCUUGUUAAUGCAGUGACUGGUGCAAACAUGCUGGUGUUUGUUACUCCACAUCAAUUUAUGGAAGGUAUAUGCAAAAGACUAGCAGGGAAGAUAGGCGAGGAUGUGGAGGCUAUUUCUCUUAUUAAAGGAAUGGAGGUCAAGAUGGAAGGCCCAUGCAUGAUCUCUAAUCUCAUCACUCAGCAAUUGGGCGUAAAUUGCUGUGUUCUGAUGGGAGCAAACAUAGCUAAUGAGAUUGCUGUGGAGAAAUUUAGUGAAGCCACAGUUGGAUACAGAGAAAACAAAGAGAUUGCGGAGAAAUGGGUUCAACUCUUUACUACAUCCUACUUCAUAGUCACACCUGUCCAAGAUGUGGAAGGCGUAGAACUAUGUGGUACUCUGAAAAAUGUUGUGGCCAUAGCAGCAGGUUUCGUGGAUGGCUUGGACAUGGGAAAUAACACCAAGGCUGCAAUUAUGAGAAUUGGUUUGAGAGAGAUGAAGGCAUUUUCCAAAAUGUUGUUUUCAUCUGUCAAGGACAGCACCUUCUUUGAGAGCUGCGGUGUUGCUGAUCUCAUCACAACUUGCUUGGGAGGAAGAAACAGGAAAGUUGCAGAAGCUUUCGCAAAGAAUGGAGGGAAAAGAUCGUUUGAUGAGCUUGAAGCUGAAAUGCUGCAGGGUCAAAAAUUACAGGGUGUGUCAACUGCCAAAGAAGUUUAUGAAGUUUUAAGCCACCGUGGGUGGUUACAGUUCUUCCCGCUUUUCGCAACAGUUCACGAGAUCUGCAUUGGCACUCUCCCUCCAUCAGCCAUAGUGGAACACAGUGAGCGCACACCUAAUUAGCCAGGUUCCUCCACGACCCUGGUCGUUGUUCAUGAAAGUAGACGUAAGUGAUAUUCCUUAGACUAAAGCAAGGACUCCAAGGAGUCUUUAGGUGAAACUUUGGAAUGUGGGUCUCACACAGCAGCUUAUGCAACAAUAUAUCGUUGCAGAUUUUUUUUUUCUUUUUUGGAAAAAUCCGUUGCAGGAUGUGUUAGAAACUUUGGUUAAAUGAAUCUCUGAAGUUUCAAUUCCGUCUUGUUUAUCAGUUCACUAUUUCCUUCUUAUUUUGUGCAGAAUGUGUAAUGAACACCAAGUUGUAUAUUGUCCUAGCAUAUACAAGCUAGUA